UUAGCCCAUCCUCUCUGCUGAUACUGAAGCAAAGGGAUUGUUCUCCCCAUAAUGGGGUGGCUAUUUCCGAGAAAGGAAUGCUGCUGGUGGUAAGAAUUUGGUAUCAGCUUUUCUGGACGCUGGGGGACUACAGAAGGAGAUCAGAUCAGUUUCUUUCCUUUCCAAUAAACUGUAAAAUGUUGUUUGUAGGACCUGUGCAAAAUCCACACCGUUGCCUCUGGCAGGUCAUUUUUUUGCACGGGCUCGGUGACACAGGGCACAGCUGGGCUGAUGCUCUGUCUUCCAUCCGGCUCCCUUACGUGAAAUACAUCUGCCCUCAUGCACCCAGGAUCCCUGUCACUCUCAACAUGAAGAUGGUUAUGCCCUCCUGGUUUGAUUUAAUGGGGCUAAGUCCGGAUGCACCAGAAGAUGAAAACGGAAUUAAAAAAGCUGCUGAGAACAUUAAAGCUGUAAUUGACCAUGAAGUAAAAAAUGGGAUCCCAGCCAACCGGAUCAUCUUGGGAGGCUUUUCACAGGGUGGCGCCCUCUCCCUCUACACAGCGCUCACUUGCUCUCACCAGUUGGCUGGCAUUGUGGCCCUCAGCUGUUGGCUCCCCCUGCACAGGACCUUCCCUCAGGCAGCAAGUAAUGGUGUGAACAAAGAUAUCGCCAUUCUGCAGUGCCAUGGUGAGAUGGACCCGAUGAUCCCAGUGCGCUUCGGAGCUCUCACUGCAGAGAAGCUGAAGGGGGUUGUGAAUCCUAGUAGAAUCCAGUUCAGAACCUACCCAAGAAUGAUGCACAACUCUUGCCCUCAGGAGAUGAUGGCGGUGAAAGACUUCAUCGAGAAGGUGUUGCCCAGGAUUUAAGCCGAGCUAGUCAAGACUGUUGCAGGGAGAGGAGACAGAGGUCACCAGCUUUGAUCUUGAACCCUUGACCUGUUGGCUGCAAUUGGAAGCCAUGGCAAUCCACCUCCUCACCAGUCACUCGUCUCCUUUCUCGAGCCUUCCCCUCCUGCCUGCGCUGUCCCCCCUCCUGUGCAAAGGGAGGGGAGAGGGCCCUUCUCUCCCACAUGGCGGGUGAAGGUACCAAGUGGUUUUAAGGUACAGCUGAGAUCCUAAUCUGGCAGAUUAUUAUUUCAGUCACCUUUCAGUAUUUCCCUAUUCUCUCCUCUCCUCCUGUUCUGUCUACUCCUGCUCCCCCCCAACCCCCCCAAAAACAGAAACAAAUCUAAACAUAAACUGCCUGCUGUGGCAAAGAACUGCGUGGUAGCCAGAGGCUUAAAGCAAAAGGUAUUAAGAGACGGUGUUCUGGCUAUUACAGUACUUUCAAAGGAGUUUUAUAGUUCAGUCUUCUGAACUGUCCUUCCCCUCAUGAUGUUCAGCCCGUCCCACUUCAUAUUUCACUGGAACCAUUUUAAGCGGUGCAGGCAGGCUCAGCUUUCUCAGGCCUGGCAAGGCAGAAAACCUGUUUCUGCUCUGCGCAGGCUAUCGGCUUGCCACACUCUGUACCACACCUUCUCCUCCAAGCUUCCAUCAGCAAAAAAAGAGGAAGAGUUGCGUUGUGUUCAAGGGCCACGGCUGGUCGGUCCCCCAGAUGCAGCUUGUAACCGUGGCAGCUGCUCCACCAGUCCCUGCCCUGACUGGAGUGAUAAAAGUGGUGGAGAGGUACCCACCGCGCCAGGGAUCACUCCACGUUGUGUGUUAUGGACUGUUUUGUUGUGUUCUGUCCUCUCAUCCACGCUGCCUUUAUCCUGACCCAUGGGAUCCUUUUUUGUUUUGUUGGGAUCAAGAGAAAAUGGCGAUUCAGGGGAGGGGACUCAAGAUGGCUCCGGCCAGUAGGCCUCUCUAGAGUACGGUCUAUGACAAUUCCACUUUACAGCCUGGGCAGUGCUCAGACAAUGGCUGUUCUAGCCUGCUAUGUUCCUGCCCAGUCACCACACCAAGCAAGUGCAAGCUGGGUUUUGGUGUGUGCCACGUUGCCAGAAUUGUGCUCCUGCCCCACCCCACCCUAUUUCUUGUGUGGUUCCCUGAGUCCAUUGUCUCGUUUCCUCCUUGAGAUCAGGCUUGUGCCUCAGAGCUGUUGAACAGCAGCGAUGUUUCUUUUCCUUCUCUCCCUUGCUCCAGUGAGUCCUCCCUGUGGGCGCCUCAUAGGACUGGCAGCCAGGGAGAAGAUGCAACUUCAAAAGGAACUCUUCCCCCCCCCCCCCACCGCUUUCUUUUGUUUUGGUUGAAGGGCUAGUCUUGUCUUGUGUGUCAACCCGCCACCUGUUCUGUGUGCAGACUUUGCGCCCUUCCUUCUCCCUGCCCUAUGCAGUCCUUUUCACUGGGCAACAGCAAUAAGAAGACCCGGGAUUAGGACAAAUCUCUCCUUUUCCCCUCAUGACUUUUGUGAUUGGGAUAGAGACAGGCUUACCCAACAAGCCCAUUGAGGUUCCACUGCAUUUUGGAGGGGGGGGAGCAGCUAAAUCGAGAUACUUGUGAACCACAGCUCCCUCUGAUGCCCCAUGCUUGGUAAUCCAGCCAGCAUUGCCAAUGCCUUCUCCAAAAUGGGCUCCUCUUCUUGGAAGAUGAGACUUGUGGAGAUGGCAUGAGUAUGGCUGUUUGACAAAGCAGGAUCAUCCAGUGAAAGGGACACAGAGUUUGGGCAGAGGAAGAGGCCUGGCCUCUUUGUGCAUCCCCUCUCCUCUCCCCCCCGCCCCACUCCCCAAGCAAAGGAUCUCCGGAUUGCAGGGGCCCCGGAACCUGAUUUGUGAGCUGAGGGCAGCUCCUAUUCACACAGGUAAUAAGUGGUGAUGGGAAAGGAGAAUGUCUUUAGCCUGCUCCUGUCCUUGCCAGGAAAACAAAAGAUUCCUCUCUGGCUCAUUUGUGUUUCCCCUGUUUCAAAGGAAUGGCUUCUGCAGCUGUCUGACCUGCACUUGGAGGUGCUAAUGGAUAGGGAAAAGGCUCAUGCCCAGUCUUGCCACUGAAUAUCACCAGAAAGUAGCUGUCAGAUUCUGAGAUGAUAAAAUGAACUGUACCACCCAACGGACUGCAAGUGUGUGCAGAUAUAAUUCCUAAUGUUUCCAUUAAAUUUUUUUUUUUUUUUUUUUUUGCAAAUAAGACAUAACGCAUAAAGGGAAUUCUGGCUCAUCCUUUCCACCCCUUUCUGCUUAUUAUUAUUAUUAUUAUUUUUUAGAAUGUGGUUUGUUUUGCUAAAUUGGGUUCUGCACACAUUUGCAGUCAGAAGGGUUGCAGCCUCCUUCACCGUCUCCAUGUUCUACUGCAUUUCAGCUUCCUUCUGCACCAAAUAACAUGCAAGGGGCUGUGUGGGGACGGGUCGGUUGCCUUUUGCCACCACCGCUCAGCUCCUCUUGGGCCACUGAGUUGCAGUGUCCUUCAGAGCAAGCGGAGAGAUCUCUGCUCUGGUUUCUGCUGGCCCAGUCUCCUCGUGGGGCCUUCCCAAAGCUCUUGUCAACGUGGCCUGCAUGGUAUAGAAGGGAUGGGAACAAACACAGAAGCCCAAGGAAGAAGAUGGUUUCUCUCUGUUCCUGCAAGGGGAUCUCAACAAUCUCUUCUCCCUUUUCCCUUUGUCUUCCUCGUAUGUCAUUUUAAUUUUUGUGUUCCUUCAAGAUUAAACAGAAACCACCA